CUUCAACUUUGCGCAGAUCAGACAGGUUACUCCCGUAAGUAUACCUGCAUAGCCCUGUCAGAGAGUCAGAAGAAGACAGGCGACAAAUUCGUCGAAUAUAUCAGCGAGCCGUUCGAGGGCCAAAUACAGAGAAUCUGGAUCAACCUCUUCCCUCUUGCGCUUCAUUGUCAAGCCACCCCCUCCGUCAAGAGUCGUUCGCGAGUGUCAAUUGAAAUUGCGUCACUUUAGACUACAAUGGCUACUCAUACACAAGUAUCUCUCCCACUGCCCUUUCUUCCUGAGGGGUGGUCUGCAGAGAAGGAUUUCAAGGCAAUCGGAAGCCUUACUGCAGCAACACAACGCAGCAUCGAACCCGUUGGACCUCACUUUCUCGCCCACGCACGACGUGCCCGUCACAAGCGCACCUUCUCCGAGGAUGACCGUAUUCAAGCCCAGGAAAAUGUCAAGAAGGUCGAAGACGAUGAUGCCGGGGAGAUCAGCGAGCCAGAAGACCCUAUGAUGCUCUCCCGUGAUGCUAAGGACUGGAAGAGCCAAGAUCAUUAUGCUGUCCUCGGUCUUUCGAAGCACCGAUUCAGAGCCACCGAGGAGCAGAUCAAGCGUGCCCACCGCAAGAAGGUUCUUCGCCAUCACCCCGACAAGAAGGCAGCUGCUGGUAGCACCGAGGACGACAGCUUCUUCAAGUGCAUUCAGAAGGCUACCGAGAUCCUCCUCGAUCCUGUCAAGCGUCGCCAAUACGAUUCCGUUGACGAGCACGCCGAUGUUGAACCCCCGACCAAGAAGCAACUCAAGGAGGGCAAAUUCUACAAGCUGUGGAGCAACGUCUUCAAGGCCGAAGGUCGAUUCUCUCGUGUCCAGCCCGUGCCUAAGUUCGGCGACGAGAACAGCGCUCAGGAGGAUGUCGAGAAUUUCUACAAUUUCUUCUACAACUUUGAUUCUUGGCGAUCAUUCGAGUACCAAGAUGAGGAUGUCCCCGAUGACAACGAGAACCGUGACCAGAAGCGUCACAUGGAGCGAAAGAACAACAAUGCCCGCAAGAAGAAGAAGAACGAGGAUGUUGCUCGUCUCAGAAAGUUAGUUGACGACGCCAUGGCCGGUGAUGAACGUAUCAAGAAGUUCCGUCAAGCAGCCAGCGCCAACAAGAACAAGAAGCGUCUCGAGAAGGAAGCUGCUGAGAAAAAGGCCAUUGAAGACGCCAAAGCCGCCAAGGAGGCCGAAGCCAAAGCCGCUAAAGAAGCAGAGGAAAAAGCUAAGGCUGAGAAGGAAUCAGGCAAGAAGGCCAAAGAAGCAGCUAAGACAGCCGUCAAGAAGAACAGACGUGUUCUGAAAGGCAGUGUCAAGGAUGCCAACUACUUUGUUUCUGGCGACGCUCCCGCUUCAGCGAUCGAUUCCGUUCUCAAUGAUGUCGAGUUGGUUCAAGGCAAGCUCGAUGCGGAAGAGACUGCGGCUCUGGCUGGCAAACUCAACGGCUUGAAAAUCGCGGAUGAGAUCAAGGGUGUCUGGUCUGGUGAGGUCAAGCGCUUGAUUGGGGCUGGUAAGAUUAAGGAUGGCGAGGUCAAGACUCUGGCUUAGAUGCUUUGGUUGAGAGCUAUCCUUUAAUAACGUACGCUUGCAUAGAUGGGUUGCAUAGAUUGCGAGUAAAAAUGACUAGAUAUACUAGACGAAUUCAGUUCUUUUGCCAUG